GCUUGAGCUCCAGCUCCCAGUCGCCCACCAGCCUCCCCCCCCAGCUCCAGCGCAGGCGCGACAAGACAUUUCGAAGCUUCAAUUCGACAUUUGCUAGGUCAGGAACUCCGCCGCCAAAAUUCACCAGCACGAGCUUUGCGCCAAACCUUGCAACUCCAAGCUUCGGGGGGUUUGCAGCUUUUUUUUUGUCACAACACCAAACACGACAAGACAGACCAGACAGACGCCACACAAUCCCACACACCCCAACAUGGCACAACCACUCGGCACUAACAAUGCCCCAACCGACAUCUAUGGUGGAGACGAGGUUUCUGCUCUCGUCCUCGACGCGGGCUACGUGAAUACCCGCGCCGGUUUCGCAGGCGAAGAUGUACCGAAAUCAGUCCUCCCCUCCUUCUACGGCUCCGUCGACGGCCGUCACGUCUUCGGCGACGAGUGCCUGAUCCCCCGCGACAACUUCCAAGUCAAGAACUACAUGUCGCGCACCGAAUCCGUCGUCGAGGACUGGGACGCCGCCACCAAGCUCUGGGAACACAUGCUCAUCGGAAGACUACAGCCCGAGCGCGAGACCCCUCCCUCCAAGAACGGAUUGAACGAGGCGGACGGCGAGGGAGAUGUCGCCAUGGACGACGCCAAUGCCGCCGAGAACCAGGAGAAGCCCCUCGCCGAGAGCCCCCUGCUGAUGACCGAAGCACCCUGGAACUCGGGCAAGGCUCGCGAGAAGGUGAUCGAGAUUGCCAUGGAGAACUGGGGCGUGCCGGCUUUCUGGCUCUCGAGAACACCAGUCGCUGCUGCAUUUGCUGCCGGCAAGGCGAGCGCACUGGUUAUCGAUGUUGGAGGUGCCAACACGAGUGUCACGGCCGUUCACGAUGGCAUGAUCCUCAAGCGCUCCAUCCAGAAGUCCCCCGUCGGUGGCAUUUGGUUGUCCUCACAGAUCCGCAGCAUGUGGGAGAGCAACGAGCCCAAGGUCGACGUCGUGCCUACCUUCAUGGUCGAGAACAAGACCCCCGUUGAUGCCGGUCAGCCCGCUCAGGCCAGGUUACGAAAGUUCGGCUUCGACAUCCACCCCAGCUUCCGCGCUUACGAGGAGGAGCGUCUUCUUACCGAGUUCAAGGAGUCAGUCGUCGAGGUGUGGAGAGGCCCCGGAAAGUACAGCAACCCAGGAAACGAAGAACUGGUCAAGAGCCAGCCCGGCCGUAUCUUUGAGAUGCCCGACGGUGCCAACCAGAUGUGGCGUGAACAGCGGUUCCGCGUCUCGGAGGGCCUGUGGGAUGACGCCGCACAAUUGCACGUCUCCGGUUCCGACCCCAUCACAAAAACCCAGACCAUUCCCGAGCUCGUUCGCAACUGCCUCAACAACGUCGAUGUGGACUUGCGACCUAACCUGCUGGGCAACAUUGUUGUCACUGGUGGUUCAAGUCUGCUUGCCGGCUUCAACGACCGCCUUACCAACGAGCUGACCGCCAUGUAUCCUGGCAUGCGGAUCAAACUCCACGCCUCAGGUUUGACGACAGAGCGCAGAUUCGGUGCUUGGAUCGGAGGUAGCAUCCUCGCCAGUCUGGGUACAUUCCAUCAAAUGUGGAUAUCCAAGAAGGAAUACGACGAGAACGGUGCAGGCAUUGUUGAGAAGCGAUGCAAGUAGAGGGACUUGCUCUACAGCUUUAAACCCAUGGGUCAAACUAGUAGCAAAAAUUACAGCCUUUUACAUGAUAUUUUACGGCAGACAGAAUUAGGCAGAGGCGUAUGGCGUUGGCAGGGCCUGGUAGACCGAAUCAGAUUGCCCGUAUACUCGCGAGCCAAAAAUAGGGAUAAACCUUAUAGAAAAAGCUUGCUUGUUAAAAUGACUUUCCUAAGCCAGAUAGCACAGGCAGCAUCACCGCGACAAUAACGUGACCGUGUAAUUAAAACGACUCUAUACGUG